AUGUUACCCUGCCGACGCUUGCCUUUCUAUUCCAGAAAGGCUUUCCUCAGUUCGAUUUCAUCAGCUGAAAAUCGCACAGGAGACAAAUCGAGCGGCGAUGAUGUUGAUGCCUUAGAAGCCUAUACGAUGUUUGGAAACAUUCGUAAACCCAAACGUAGUCCAUUUCACUAUACCGAUAGUGUACUAAAGAGUUGCUUUGUGUUCGGCCUUUCCUCUCAGAUGUUAUUCUGUUCUUAUCGUUGUGCGUUUAGGAAAUGUGGAGUCGGUUAUGCAGAUUUCUCUACAACGAUUUAUGAUCAUCGUCCUUAUGUAUGGCCACCACUGCGAAAGUAUCUCAGAUUAAACCUCUAUGUUGCAGUUGUUGGAAUGCUGUUAAUAUCGAUUGAUUAUGAAUGGUUUAUGAGACAGUUCAGCUCCGUUGGGAAACAAAUGAGACCGGAAGCGUCGCAGCUGAAGCCUGAGAUGAGUGCUAGCGCAAACGACUCCGAUAACAAGAGUGAUGUAGACUCGGGCGCAAACAAUAAUGAAAAGCCCAAAAAGAAGAGAACUGGAUUUCGAGAGCGUCGAAUCAUCGAGUAUGAGGAUCGUAUUCGUCUUUACUCCACUCCAGACAAGAUCUUCCGAUACUUUGCUACGCUUAAUGUAUUAUUUCAUGUAAUUGACAAGGAUGACGAAUCUGGGAAAUUCGAAGUAUUUAUGACGCCGGAAGACUUCCUGAGGUCACUUACUCCGGGCGUUAUGCAACCGAGGAAGUACGGUCUCGACAGUUAUAAGACCUACCAACCAGAUAAGUAUAAGCAUAACUUCUCGGACACAACAAGUAUUUUCUAUAAGUUAGGAGAAAACGGUCUAAUCAGCUUCAGUGACUACCUAUUUCUGAUGACUUUACUGUCAACUCCUCCUAGCGACUUCACACUUGCUUUCAAAAUAUUUGACAUCAAUGGAGAUGGUGCACUGGACAAGGACGAAUUUACCAAAGUUCAAUAUCUAAUUAUGUCGCAAACAAAAGUAGGACAACGUCAUCGCGACCACAUCUCUCAUAACACUUCUUUCCGUGUCGCCUCAAACUCUGCCCUUGCUCGUUAUUUCUUUGGCGAAGACGGGAAAAAGAUGCUAUCUGCCUCAAAAUUUCUCGAAUUUCAGGGGAGUUUGUACAAUGACAUACUCCGCAUGGAAUUUGAGAGGAGAGAUGCGUUGGAUGGUGUUGAUGGUCGUAUUAGUGAGACAAGUUUCGGCGAACUUCUACUUAUGUAUGCUCAAAUACCAGCAAAGAAGCAAAAAAUGAUGCUUAAACGACUUAAAAGGAAAUUUAAACAUGGACAGGGUAUAACGUUCGAAGAGACACGCGCUUUCUUCGAGUUUCUUUACCAUAUUGAAGAUAUUGAUAUGGCCUUGCAUUUUCAUCGCUUGGCUGGUUUCCCAAUAGAUGCGCAAUUACUACAAAGAGUGGCCAGAAAGAUCACCAACAUCGAACUCAGCAACCACGUCGUGGAUGUUAUAAUCACUUUGUUUGAUGACAAUAUGGAUGGAAAGCUCUCAAAUAGCGAGAUGGUCGCUGUGAUGCGCCGACGAAUGCGUCGUGGAUUGGAAAGACCACGUGAUACUGGCCUUUUCCGUUUGAUAGACGCACUUUCCAUAUGUAGCAAACGCGCCUAUCAAGCCAGUCCUUUUUCGCUGAAUUAG